AUGCAUACCGAGCAGCAGAACGGACGGGAAGAGUUGUUGCAGCCUUGCUACUACCGGGUAACAUUGAAUAAAGAGACGGACACGGAGGAAGAAAGGACUGCACUGCUAAAUGCAUGCCAUCAGAGAUGCGCCGAUCGAACGCUAAAGGUCCUCGAAAAGAACGGCUCAAUAUUCAUCAAGCUGGGCCAGCAUCUAAGCAGCUUAGGCUACUUACUACCGCUGGAAUGGACCACAACCUUCAUUCCCCUGCAGGACAAAUGCCCCGUCUCAUCCUUUGAGUCAGUUCAGGAGAUGUUCCUUAGAGACACAGGCCACACGAUAGACGAAAUCUUCUCCAGUUUCGACCCGAUGCCCAUUGGAGCCGCAUCUUUGGCGCAGGUCCAUGUGGCUGUUCUGCGAGAAACAGGCCAGAAAGUUGCUGUCAAGGUGCAGCAUCCUACCCUGCAGGAGUGGGCUCCCUUGGACCUGAGCCUUACACGCUUCACUUUCUCCUCACUGAAGCGAGUGUUUCCAGAAUACGAUCUUGAAUGGCUGGCCAGGGAGAUGGAUUUCUCAUUACCCCAGGAACUGGAUUUCCAAAUGGAGGCUGAGAACGCAAGAGUGGCCCGUGAAUACUUCAGCAAAAGGACCAAUGCACCACUCAUUAUCCCGAAAGGUAGGAGGCCUCCUGAACUGUAUUCCAGUGUGUCGUGCCCCGCUGACAUUGUUUUGAUCGUAGUUAUUUGGGCCAAGAAACGCCUUCUGGUAAUGGAGUUCAUAUCAGGCCAUCGGCCUGAUGAUCUGGAGUUUCUUGACUCCAAUAACAUUGACCGUGAUGAGGUAUCGGCUUCACUAGCUCACAUAUUCAACGAAAUGAUCUUUGGUGAUGGCGCGCCUUUGCACUGCGAUCCUCACGGAGGAAACAUUGCAAUAUGCAAAAACAACACAAGGAAGCGCGGACCUAAUUUCGAUAUCGUCCUAUAUGACCAUGGCCUAUACCGAACCAUUCCCAAGGAAAUGCGUAUCAACUACGCCAAACUCUGGCUUGCUGUGAUCAACGCAGAUGAAAAGGAGAUGCGAAAGUACGCUUAUGAAGUUGCCGGUGUAACGGACGAAGAGUUCCCUCUGUUUGCAAGCGCUAUUACCGGGAGAGAUUAUACGGUCCUGGCACAGAACCAAGUUGCAUCCUCUCGAUCAUCGGAGGAGAAAGAAUCCAUCACCACUGCUUUGGGAGACGGCAUGUUACAGGAAUUAGUCAGUCUGCUAGGCAAAGUUCCCCGAAUCAUGCUUCUGAUCCUAAAAACAAACGACCUUACCAAAUAUGCUACUUGUGCUGUCUUCUCGCAAGAAAUGGAACUCAUCUCCCAGCAAGGAAGCAUAUUCUGGCCACCAAACUUCCUCCGCUUCCUGCAGGCAUGGGUUAGUUAUCUUCGCGUCGAGAUAAAGCUGGAGAUCUACGAGCAUUGGCUCUCGUUACGAAACCGACUCGGUUUAACGAAUCACUGA